GGUCGUUCAGGAGCUCCAAAGGCAGGAGCACCAAAGGCAGGAGCAUCUCUAGAGUCAGGAGGCAGGAAUGCAUUACUGGCAGACAUUCACAAGGGAGCGCGGUUAAAAAAAGUUACAGAAGUCAAUGAUCGAAGUGCUCCAGUGAUUGACGGAGCAAAAAAAAAUGCUGGUACGGGAAAUGGUAGGAGUGCAAUGGCACCCCCUAGUGGUGGUCUUUUUGCUGGAGGAUUUCCAGUGCUUAAAUCUCCUGGUCAGAGAGAUUCAGCAGGAAACAAAAAUGCGCCUCAGCUUCCAGGAGUAAAAUCAAGUGUUCCAAAGCAACAUGAUCAACCUCCAAGUACUGCAAAACUUGAUCUACCCAAGCGUCCACCUGCUUCUGCCCCAGCUACUAUAGCAGCUAGGCCUCCACCACCAAGACCAACAAUUCUUGGUCAUUCUCCGCCAGCACCACCUCAAGUUCCACCUUCAAGCAACAAACCUCAGCUGGUGAUGCCAGCUUCACAAGCAUCCCCAAAUCCUAGUUCAUCAUUCAAAGAAUCUUCAAAAACCACUAUAGAGUUUAGUGCUCCACCACCCCCACCUCCACCAUUGUAUACACAUGACAGGUCUUCCAGAACUCAAAGACCUAAUUCCCAGUCUUUCCCACCUCCUCCACCUCCUCCUCUUCAUCCUCCUCCUCCACCAACGGGAUAUGCUGGCAGGAGAAGCCCGUCCCCUUCACCACCUGAUGUCAGAGAUAUUGCACCACCUCCACCACCAGCACGUCCACCUUCCUCACACAUCAGGAUAGAAGACAACUCUUUUCCUAUGCCACCUGAUACUAGUGAUCUCCCACCACCUCCACCUCCUCCUUUUCACCCAAUGUCAGCAUCAUCGAGGCGAAGGCUAUCUGAGCCAUUGCCACCACCACCACCAUCAACUUUUAAUGCUGGCCAAAAUAAUGUUCCUGCUCGACCACCAAAAGGUCCUCCAGGUAGACCUUCUGUUCCUCCUGUACCUGGGCAUGGUAGACCUCUUAAACCUGCAGGAAACAGUGGUGGGCGUCUAGCUCCUCCUCCACCACCCCCAAUGAGGUCACCAACCACAGAGUUGUCUAGUAGAACGCAGUCCAAUCAGCUGUCCGCAGGGUGGAAAUCAUCUCCGCAGAUUUAUCGUCCUCCUAGCCCUGAUGACUUUGAGUCCAAGUUUCCCUUUCACCCAGUAGAAGACUUGCCGCCUCCAGAAAAAUUUGAGCCAUGUGAACGGAUUUACCCCAGCAAGUGCCCUCCAGGGCCCUCCGUCCCACCACCCCAGAGACCUCAGGUAAGAUGA